AUGUUCGGGUAUAUCAGUUGUGACGGUAGUUUCGUCGCGUUCAACUCGGUAUGGGAAGAAAUUCUUGGAUUCACACGAUUAGAACUUCAAAACUCCGAAUGGUCCUCGUUCAUACAUCCGGAGGAACGGGAGGAGGUACUCACCGAAAUCGAAGAGGUGAAAACAGGAAAACGCGAUAUUAUUACCUUUGAAAACCGGUUUCAGUGCAAAGACACGUCCUACAGAUGGUUAAGAUGGUGUGCAAUAAAAGAUGCCGAAAAACAACUCUGUUACGUCGUCGCAACAGAUAUAACGCCGCAAAGGCAGUUAGAAGCCAGAUUGAAAGAGAGUGAAACCCGGUUCCAGCAAUUGGCGGCAAAACAUGUCCAUGAAGCAGAUCUGUUACAUACCCUGAUGGAAAACACCCCUGACCACAUCUAUUUCAAAGAUACAGAGAGUAGAUUUAUACGAAUCAAUCGCUCUUUAGCAGAUCGGUUUGGUUUAAAAAAUCCCGUAGAGGCGGUCCAUAAACCGACUUUGACUUCUUCACCCGUGAACAUGCUCAACAAGCAUAUCAGGACGAACAAGAUGUCAUUGAAUCUGGGAAACCAAUUGAGGGGAAACAGGAAAGAGAGACCUGGCCCAAUGAACAGGAUACGUGGGUAUCAACGACUAAAGUCCCAAUUCGAGAUAGAGAAGGACGCAUAA